AUGGCGAGUCAGGGGGAUUUACAGGAGCUGCUGCGCAUGUUCACGGCGCGUAAAGUACCCAUGCUGGCGGCCAUGGGUCACGUCAAGUCACUUCAAGCAAAGAACCUAAAAAGCAUCGAACAAAUAGCAGACGCGCCGCUAAAAGUGGUAGAGGAGGCGCUGAAAGACGCGAAACUGGCAAAGGGAUUUCACACAGCAUGCAAAUCGCACACCAAGAAGCCUUCAGCGGCUGUCAAGCGCCGCGUGGAGGAGGCGACGUCACCAAGCCCCAAGAAGGCCAAGCUGGAGCCUACGAAGCGCGACCUGGACUACAGCUCCAUGGCGGCGGAUGACUUGGAGGCGUCCCUUGAGCUGCCGCUGGUGGAGGACGAGGCCUUGAUACGCGACACCACCAUCGUGACCAACAGGGCACCCCUCGUUCUCGCGUUCGCCGUAGAGCUGCUCCGCGUAACCAUGCCGGAGCAACCACCAAGCAGUAGGCUGAGCCUCGCGCAAGCGCUGGUCAGUGCCAACUCGCGGAGCAAGGCCGUGAGCAUCGGCAUCGAGCAGCCUGGCAGGGAAGCACUCAUCGCCGAGGGCCAGCCCAAGGUGCGCGUCAUGGGCCGCGAGAUUCCCGUCCUCAAGCGCGGCGAUUACACAUGGUCCGGUGCACCGGCAAAGAAGAGCGAUUCUACGGAUUCUACAGGUACAGGCGGUGCGAGCAUGAGCACAUCACAACAGGACAAAACGAAGAAGACGUGGACGGCAAGCGCAACGUUGACGUCGCGCGCCUCUACGUUUGUGGCGCACGCGGCAUCCGUGUCCAACGCCGCCGCGCGUCCCGCCCUCAUCCGGCAGCUCAUGGCGGAGCGACCCGACCUGGAGACGGCGUCGCACAACGCGUGGGCCAUUCGCACGAGCUUCGGCAACUCGCCGCUGGUACAGCAGGCCUCGUUCGACGACGGCGAGACGGGCUGCGGCAAGCUGAUGUUGGAGGUGAUGCGGGAGGCGGACAUCACCAACACGCUCGUGGUGCUGACGCGCUGGUUCGGUGGCGUGAUGCUGGGGCCGGACCGGUGGCGACUGAUGCGGGAGUGUGUCAACGAUGCGCUCGCGUCGCGGGGGCGGGUGGUGGCCGCGGGGUCGGCGACGUUCAACCCCAGCGAGGCGGCCGUCUGGGGCCUCGACGCGCAGGAUGGGAGCACGGCGACGUCGACGGUCGGGAUGGGCAUACACCGGCCCGAGGGCGCGCGCAACUACCUGCUGCGCUCCUUUGCGUCGCCGGCGGGGGCGGGGGCUGGUGAGGUGGGAGCGGCGGGGGCGGUGCACAAGAAGACGACCGUGGCGGCGACCAACGACGAGAAGCAGGAGAACCUGGGCCGGCUGCUGGGGGCGCUGCGGAUCGUCGUGGAGAGCUGGUCGGGCGUGCUGACGAGGGACGAGCUGGACAAGCGGGCGUGGAACUGGUACGUGGCUGUUCGGCUGGAUGUGCAGUCGGGGCCGUCGGGUUGGGGAGCGCGGGGGGAGCUGAAGCUGAGAAAGAUAUUGGACCUGAAACGAAAUGUGGGUUGA